AUGCGAACUUGUCACAGAGGAAAAAAUUACUUCAGACGAUUGACUCUUGGUGGUAAAGUUUCGAUACAUCGCGUUAUCGCUGGUGUUGCUGUUGCAGUUGGACUACUGCUCUUUUUGACGACAAUUCUUUUUGCAAUCUUAUACUUUGGAACUCGAAGAGAACAUGUACCUGAAUGGCCCGGCUCAAAGAACAGCUUGAAUGGACGAUAUUCAACAGCUGCAGUCGCAUCCGAUAACGUUCUUUGCUCAGAGAUCGGAAGAAACAUUUUAGUGCAAGGCGGAAAUGCAGUUGACGCGGCUAUUUCGGUGCUUCUUUGCCUUGGCGUUGUACAUCCAAUGAGCAGUGGUUUAGGUGGAGGUCAUUUCAUGACCAUCUAUAACGCCACAACAAAAACGUGCCAUGUUGUUGAUGCUAGGGAAAGAGCCGCUGCGGCCGCCUUCCAAGAUAUGUUCAAAGGACAGUCGGAAGCUUCACAGAAAGGCUGGCGAGCAAUGGCAGUGGCUGGAGAAUUGCAUGGACUGCGUACCGAAUAUGAGAAUUUCGGUGGUGCUAUAGAAUGGAAGAAACUUUUCGAGCCAUCAAUCGAUCUGCUGAACAGAGGUGUUCAAGUCUCAGAAGCGCUUAGUGUUACAAUGCGGGCUGAAAGAGAUAGUAUUCUCAGUGAACCGACCUUAAAUGAUUUCGUUAAUCCGAAAACGAAAGAUAUUUAUAAACGUGGUGAUAUUUUGAAAGGAAGAACAAUGCUAAGAGAUACUUUGCGUUUUCUCUCUGAAUCAAAAGAUCCAAUUAAAGAUUUCUACAAUGGCUGGAUGACCGAGCAAUUCGCUUAUGAAUUCCAGGAUAAUGGUGGCAUCAUAACAGCAGAUGAUUUUCGAAAUUACCGUUCAAUUGUGCGCAAAAGCGAUGAGAUAAUUCGAACGAAUCUGAGCGAGUAUUUCGUUUGUGGACCGCCUCCACCGUCCUCAUCAGCCGUCACGCAGUCAAUCAUUAAAGUGAUGGAUACGCUCGGACCAAAAUAUGAUCAAACGACAAUCCAAUCCAAUGAACAGAUUCUGCACAAAUAUUUGGAAGCUGGCAAGUUCGCAUAUGCGAUGCGCAGUGAAUUUGGUGAUAUGGACUACAUCAAAAAUGCUUUGGCUAUCGCUAAAAAUAUGACAUCGGAUUCGUGGGCCAAAUGGGUAAUCGACCGUAUCAUGGAGCGUUCUCAACCAACCAGUUACUAUGGUGGUCAUUUUGCACCAAAAUUCGAUAAAGGUACCACAAAUAUCGCUGUCAUCGACAAAGACGGUAAUGCAGUCGCUUCAACCACAACCGUUAAUUUGCUUUUUGGAGCGCGAGUCGCGUCAGAAAGCACUGGUAUCAUUUGGAAUUGUCAAAUGGAUGAUUUUUCAUUGCCAGAUCGACCGAAUUUCUACGGAUACCCUCCUGCGCCUGCAAAUUUCAUACGUCCCGGCAAAAGACCGAUGAGCUCAAUAAGCCCGCUGAUUUUCGUCAAUAAAACUAGCAAUGAAGUUGAAUUGGCGAUUGGUGCAGCCGGUGGCUCAACGAUAAUCACAACCGUAUCAACGCUUGCAACUCGAAUUCUGAAAAUGGGUUGGGAUUUGAAGAGCGCCAUGGACGCUCCAAGAGUGCAUAAUCAAUGGCUGCCGAACGUAACCCAGUAUGAAACCAAUUUUCCGAACGCGUAUGUACAAGCGCUUGCUGAACGUGGACAUAUCAUGGAGUCGGUAAGAGCGAUCGGUGAGACAACUGGAAUCCAUAAGAAAGGUGGUCUGCUUUAUGCCACCUGUGAUUUUCGAAAAGGUGCUGAAAGUCAACCGGCUGGUUACUGA